AUGGAACAGAGAAUAAUACGCAAGUUCCUUGAACGCCAAACUGGAAAUACUUUUCGAAAUCGUCCAGGAGAAGCAGUGCCUCGAUCCGUCUUGCAAAUAUCCCCAUCGUUUAGUAUGCCUGUAUUACCUAAAAUUGAAAUUCCGAAAAAAGACAAUUUAACAGUUAAGGAAUAUCUACCCACUACCACGCCAGAACCACAGUACAGAGUAGAAUCUGCCGUAGUAUCUAAACCAUUUGAGGUACCUGGUUGGAUGCAGUUAUCAAAUGGAAAGAGACCGGGUCAGUGGCAAAGAAACAUGAAUCGUCAGGGAUUUGAUAACAAUGCCAGACAAGGACCAGUAUAUAGGAGUGAUGAAUAUAUCUAUAUGAUAAAUGGACACCCAGCAAGACAGCAAGACAAUACCCGGGGAAAUGAACCUUCAAAAAAGAAGCCUCAACGCAACAAUUUGAAUGGCAAAACAGGUCGUCAAUAUUUUCAGCUUAACAGCAAUAAUGUAAACAAAAGACAACCAUCGAUAAACAGCCAUCCACGAAACAGCAAUCACAUAAAGCAAAAUGGAGGACAGUUUCAAAAUAUCAAUAAUAAUAAAAACACUGUUCAUUCCACGUUUCCUCAAAAUUCUAAUAAAGUCAUCAGCAGACAAAAUACAAGAAUGUUUCAGCAGACAAUAAACAGCAGAAAGGCUGGAGGAAUAGCAAACAGUAACGACCUUAAUAAACCCAAGAGAAACACUGCUGGGGAACAAGGAGGUCUCAAAACAUUCAGUAGUGAUGGUGCUUUAACUUUAACCAACGGACAGUGGAGUAAUGGGGCAAUGUCAUCGCCUGAUGUCCUUGAAAACAUGAUGACAUUGACUCCUAACGAAAAUAGCAUUGGAAUGAAUAGGCAACAUACCACAACAAACAAAGAGUACACGCGUUCCUUGCCAAGCACUUUGCCAGUUAGAAUACCUCAAGAUGGACACCUUUUGCCAAGUGUAAUGCCACAACUAAGCCCAACUCGAAGAAGUGAACCACCUCUUCAAAGCGGCCAUGCGCGUCAUCAAAUAAUAGUAACAAGUGGGCUUGCUGAGAUUCCGCAGAGCCGACAGUUUGUUAAUAACCCAGUGCGUAUCAAUAAAGCACCCCUUCCGUCACCACGUCCUACAGUGAUGUCACCAGAUAAUUUGCAAAUUGUGAAGCAGAGCAAUCCUCGUCCAACAAGUAUCAACGGGGAACAGCCGACCCCAGGAUUUAAUCGUUCACCUAUUCCACCUAUCUAUAUAAGUGAUCCAAGACGUCACCCGUUGACUGUGCAAGUAGAGGCCAAAAAGAUGCAGGAGAAUGGUAAGAUCAGUACAAGACGGCAUAAUGAGCCAAUGGCGCAUCUACGACAUUCGAUAGGUAUCAUGACACCACCUGUAGAACGUAUGGAAUUGAGGAAAAUAUCAAGACAAAACAUGAAACCAAAGUCUGUCAAUGGUCAAAGUAGAUUAUCAAAACCAACUCAAAGGCAAAGCAAUGGUUUAAUUUCGAACUCAAGAAGACCCUUGAGACCAGACCAAACCCCAGAACAACACAACAGGCUAAAGCCACCAAGAAGACAACAUAUGAAACCAAAUCAAAUCAUGCCCGCAAGACCUAGCCCACCUCCUGGUCGACGCAUCAUACCAACACCAGGAUUGAAUCCUACCAAACGCCCAAUGCCGACAACAAGAAACAUCAUGGUGGCAGAAAUGCAGCAUUUGGGAAAACCAAGACAAAGUCCUAUUGGAUAUAAAUCAAUACCGUUAUUACCUGGGGGAUUACUUGUAACUUCAAAACGACCAUCUAUGCCACUCAAUGGUAACAUUGCCGCGACAGCCUUGCCAGUUAAAGCGUUGAAACAGUCUUGGUCGUCAUUGCCACCUACGGGUCCACUUGUUAGAGCGAUGUCAUCGUCAGUACCAAUUAGAAAGAAAAUUAAUUCAAAAAUGCAGUCACUAUCUUCAAAUAGAGCGUCACCCUUACCUUCUAGAAGACAAAAUAUGGGCCCAUUGGGAAAUCCCAUACGAUCGAAAAGGCCUAUUAUUGGGGUCAAUAUGAGACCAGCCGCUAGUAGUUUAGGAUUACGUAUAGCUCCAAGCCAGCGUCCAUUGCUCCAGGACUGGCCACAACCAAGCACAACGAGUUUAAUUUUGCCGUCGGUGCAACCUACUAGGAGCGAUGCAGAGUCUGUAGACGUUGUGCAAGGGCAAGCUUACUCCAAUGGUUACACAAAAACUUCAGACUUAGAAAAGUCGACGGACGUGUCUAGUAAUUAUGUAUCAAUGACGUGGUUACGUCCACAGAACCAGGGAAUAUCGUCCAGACCAGACCAAUCUAUAAUUGAUCAUGUGUCUAUAUCAAAAUCACGAUUUGAUGACGAUAAUGGCUACAAGAAAAGUACAAGACAUGAAAAUAAUUCCGGUAAAGGUGAGAAUUCUGGAAAAGUUAAAGCGAAAUUUCCACAUGCGAGCAAAAAUGAUAUUACAAUCCCGAUUUCUAAAGGUGCCGUAAUAGCUUCCCCAUUUAACCCAAAACCAGUUAGGUAUGUUAUAGGUAGUAAGCCUAUAUUCACGACAGAAAGUCCUCUCAGAAAGGAAAGCGUCACUAAAUUGACUCCUACUCCGAGCAAGGACGUAACAUCAUUGGAAAAUGGAACAAUUGCUAAUUUCAAUAUGUUUUUAAUCCCGACACGAAAUAAUGUUGUCACAGAACAGAUCCCUGUUAAUAACAAGACUAUGUCAACAACGGAAGCGGCAACUAAUACAGGAAAAGGAAGUACUUCUGAAAAAAACAACGCAACUGAACCAGUAAUUACUUCAAAACUAUCCGAGGAGCAACCAAUGAGAAUAUUUGAUAUCAAUGCAUUCAGCAUCAUUAGAUCAAAAUAUCUACCAAUACAAACCACAGAGACAAUGACAACCGCUACGUCCACAUCUACUCUUUCCUCAACGGCCUCAUCUUCAUCUACUCGACGACAAAGCUCCCCAGUAUCUGCGAGUAAGCAGAAUAUUAUCGCCAGUACCACAUCCGACACACGAACUCCUACAGCUUACAACAGUGUCGCUAAGACUACCAUGACGGACACUACCAAGGAAACAACAAAUAAAGCAACAGUAACCACUAUGUCAGAGCAACCCGUUGUCAGAAAGAACAAAAACGUUAUACCGCCAGCUUUACAAGAAAUGAUGGAUGCUCUAAAACAAUCUGGAUUUCAAGCAGGGGUUCCAAUUAACUUGAAUCAAAUCCCUGCCACUGGAACAGAAACAACUGAUUCGCCAAAAAGUUUCGGUAUGAUCGAGUUAACUGAUGGAAUGAAUAAAGGAAACACAAUCGACAUGAGUCCCAAAGAAGAGCUUCAAGGUAGUAGAAUGACAACGACAGUUGAAACAACAAUCCCAACAUCCACUACACCACCGAUAACCCCAUCAGAAUCAACAAUGACACCAGGUUUAAAAACAUUAUUGACUACUGCAACUGAAGUGACACCGUCCACGUUGCCAUUAGACUCACUUAAAAGCGGACCGCCCUCUAGCAAACGCUAUCAUGUGCAAGGAAAACAACAUGAUUUGUAUGAUUCUCCUCUGGUUCCAUAUCUAACAACCACAUCAAUACCUGUACAUAAAACAAAAUCACCCCUUUUGGUAGACAACAAUCUUGUGAAAGAAUCCAGCACUAUUGAGGUUGUACCUUCUAUAAAACCAACAACUGAUACAUCUCAGGGAAAAACAUCAAGUGAUCAAACUAAAACAAGUGUAUUCUUUGGUUUGUGGUCUACAAAACCGCAAAACUAUUCAAGCACUGUAGGGAUUAAAACCGUCGAGCCAACCAUUUCGUCAACAGCUGAAAGUUAUACCAUUAACGCCUUGAAAUCGUCAUCGACUAUGAAAAUAUCCUCACAUGAAACACAUGGAGUCAGUAUCGAAAAUCCGAUUGAUCCUACAGCCUUUUCUACAAUAGCGACAUAUACAAAGAGUACGUCUUCAAAAGAUUUAAAGGGUAAAGAAAGUGUUUUGGAUGCUGGCUAUGAUAUCAUGCCCGUGACAAACCUAAUGAGUGAAGAUCUGAAAAAGAAUAUUACCAACUUAAGGAGACAGCUCGGCGAUUUCAUCGUGCCAUCUUCCAUAAACCCAUAUACUGAAACCUCAAAGACAAACGAGGCUUCAGCAAGCAUGCCUUCUGACCAAAACCAACAGGAAGGCAGUAUAGCUCAAAGCAAAGGAUAUGGGAGACAAGAGCCAGUCAAGUCAGGAAUCACUGCAGGUGUCGGUGUCCAUACAGAGCCUUCAACUCCUAUAGAACCCGUUCCAGUACAAAGCCCUGCAUUAGCAAACAAUGAUGAUUUACUUAACAUGUUUGGUGUACGUAACAAUAACUCCCCAUAUCAAGGAAUCAUAAUUGAUUCGUCUUUUACAAUGACCUUUCCUACAGUUUCUUCUACUCCAGCUCCUCCUCCGAAGGGGACGUAUGGUGCAUCAGAUAAUGUCAACGCAGAAAAAAGAGAGCCUUCAUCACAUUUCGACGUCCAGAAGCAAACACCAGAAUCUUCAUCAAAUUUCGAUACCCAAAAGCAGCCGCAGCAACCUACAUCUAUAUUUAAUAUCGAAAGGCGGACACAGGAAUAUCAACCUAUCUCCGAAGCCCAACCGGAAGCAAAAGAGUUUCCAUCUCAUUUCCCUGUCCAAACAAAGACACAGAAGCCUCAAUCAAAUUUAAGUGUUCAGCCACCAGCAAAAAUAACUAGAUCCAACAUUCCAAAGUCGGGAAAUUCAAUAACAACUUUAUUUGAAGUUCCUUAUUUUUUCAAUCAUAUGUCAAGUCCAUUUUCAAAUGAAGACGCAGGUGUAAAACACAGAUUUGUACAGCCAAAGACAUUGCAAAAUGUUGAUAAACCAUUCGAAACGGCGACAAAUGCGCCUGUCUACACAACAGCAGCUCCUAAAACACGGAAAGUUGUCAGUCAACCAAGUGAAAGUAAGGCACAGACAUCAAUGGUAGAUACCAAAUAUGAUUCACCUAGAGGGAACAAACAUUCAAAAUCGGUUAAGAAAGAUAUAAAUAAAUCAAAGCCAAAGAAAACGAACACCAUCCUUUUUCAAGCUGCUGGACACGGAAUGCCGGGAAAUGCAAAUUUUAUGGAACAUUUGCCGUUUUUUGUGGGAUCCAUGGACUCCAAAAUGUUUAAUGGCAUGCAGGCAAGGGAUAACAGAGCUUCUAGUAGUCAAAACCCGCCAAGAAAAAGGUCCCAGAGAACUACUUCGACACCUAUGGUUGCAUCUUCAUCAACAAGAACGACGUCUUUAUCAACAACACAACAAUCAAAACUGAAGAUAGAAUACGAUUUGAAAGUGUUGUGCAUGCAGUUCCUGAAGUCAACAAUCAAAGACCAAACGUUCAUUCCACAUCCAGGAGACUGCUCCAAAAUCAUACAGUGUUCAUCAAAUGAAAAUGAAAUGCAAGCUGUAUCAAGGCACUGUCCAUUUGGACUCUUCUGGGAUCCUAAUACACAACGCUGUGGUGAUCCUAGUGAUGUUACCUGCUUUGAUGAUCCGUGUCAGAAGGGAUACUUUAACUACAGCAGCCAUGGUGGGUGUGGCACUUACAACAAAUGUUUCGCCGGAGUAUCUGUCCCUACAUGCUGUCCAAGUGGACAGCGAUUCGCACAGACCAGUUCUGACGCUGGAGAAUGUAUCUGGGACACAACCUGCUCAGAGCCUUGUGAAACCCUUCAGUCGUCCACACUCAGGAAGACAGGUGGAUGUCCAACUCUAGAAGUAGAGUCGAGGAAAGACGUCUACUGGAUUUUACAGCGAGGUUCAUUGGUCUUGAAAAAAUGUCCUGUCGGGUAUAUGUACAAACACUCGGAGUGCAAGUGUAAGACUACCACCAGACAUAGGCCAACAACGAAAUCCACGCCAAACUGCAAGCCAGAGUUUAAGCUGACGUUUGACGGUGGGAUUAUCAAGGAUGUGUCAGGUGGAGGGCUCGCUUUCAGCCAGGUGAACGUUGCUGGUACCGGAAACAACACCGCUGUAUUCCGGGAAAACGGGUACAUCUCUCUGUGGGGCUUCCAAAAUAGAUACCUUGGUCGCACGUUCUCCAUUAGGAUGAGGGUACGUGCGGACAAAGGAAGCUGCAGAACAGGUGGAAGGAGCAUCGUCAGUAAUUGUGGACCAGAUGGACCAACCAGCGUGGAAAUUGCAUGUGACAAUAACAAGAUUUCAUUUAAAGCCAACACAGAUAAUACCAAAGUCCCUCCUGUUAUAUUGAGAGAUAUUAAGGACAAUGAGUGGGCUGAUAUUAUAUAUACUUACAAGGCCAACAAGUUUAGUGGCAGUGUAAAUGACCGAAGCCUGUCCAAAUCACUCACAGGAAAUCUGGUAUCAAGAAAUAAUCCACUUAUCAUUGGAAAAUGUCCUAAAUCGCCAGGGUUUAUUGGUGAAAUGGAUCAGUUGGAAAUCUACACCCAGUGUGCGCGGUGA